GCGGCAGCGGGGGCGGGCGCUCGGGGGCGGUGCUGGCGGCCGGGCGGCGCACACUCGCUCUUCGUCACUCGAGCCGCUCCCCGCUCCUGUCUAGCUUACGCCCGGAGCCCGGAGCGCAGGCAUCGGGCGCUCGGAAAAGUUUGCUCCGGCGCCGAGACUCGUCGCCUGGGGAGGGCGCCGGCUGCGCCGGGCCUGGGCCCUCGCCGCUCAGGACCUGCGAGCCCAGGCCGCCGCCGCCUCCGUCUCCGGGGCCGUCGGGCAGGCGCCAGCCUGGUGCCGCGGGUCCCGCCCCAGCCCCGAGCCCCGGCAGCCUGGUCCCCGCGUGCGAGGCGAGCGCCGAGGAGCCGCCCCGCGGUGCCCCGGUGGGGCCGGGCCAGACCCUGCCUGUGAACCCGUCCCGCGGGCUGGGCGAAGCCGGCGCCGGCCCCAGCCCGCAGCGCCGUCCUGCGCGGAUCCCGGGACCUACGAAGCCGGGGCUGCCCCGGCCGGGCCGGCGAUGCGAGUCGGCCCCGUGCGCUCCGCCGUGAGCGGCGCCUCGCAGCCCCGCAGUCCGGCCCUGCUGCUCCCGGCCGCCCGGGCCGCCCCGGCCAAGCGCCUGCUGGACGCGGACGACGCGGCGGCCGUGGCGGCCAAGUGCCCGCGCCCGCCCGACUGCUCCAGCCCCCCGGACUACCUCAGCCCGCCCGGCUCGCCCUGCAGCCCACAGCCCCCGCCCGCCGCGCCGGGGAUCGGGAGCGCGCCGGGGCCCAGCCGCCUCGCCGACUACCUGCUGCUGCCCCUGGCCGAGCGCGAGCAUGUGUCCCGGGCGCUGUGCAUUCACACGGGCCGCGAGCUGCGCUGCAAGGUGUUUCCCCUUAAACACUACCAGGAGAAGAUCAGGCCUUACAUCCAGCUGCCAUCCCACAGAAACAUCACUGGCAUCGUGGAGGUGGUCCUCGGGGAAACCAAGGCCUAUGUCUUCUUCGAGAAGGACUUUGGAGACAUGCACUCCUAUGUGCGAAGCCGGAAGAGGCUGCGGGAAGAGGAGGCUGCCCGGCUGUUCAAGCAGAUUGUCUCUGCUGUUGCCCACUGCCACCAGUCAGCCAUCGUGCUGGGGGACCUGAAGCUUAGGAAGUUUGUCUUCUCCACGGAGGAGAGAGCUCAGCUGAGACUGGAAAGCCUAGAAGAUACGCACAUAAUCAAGGGCGAAGACGAUGCCUUGUCAGACAAACACGGCUGCCCAGCCUACGUGAGCCCUGAGAUCCUCAACACCACGGGGACCUACUCCGGAAAGGCCGCAGACGUGUGGAGCCUGGGUGUGAUGCUCUACACCCUCCUGGUCGGACGGUACCCCUUCCACGACUCGGACCCCAGUGCCCUCUUCUCCAAAAUCCGCCGUGGACAGUUCUGCAUUCCCGACCACAUUUCCCCCAAAGCCAGGUGCCUCAUCCGCAGCCUCCUGAGACGAGAGCCUUCCGAGAGACUCACUGCUCCUGAAAUCUUACUCCAUCCCUGGUUUGCAUCCACCGUGGAACCUGGGUACGUUGACUCAGAAAUAGGAACUUCAGACCAGAUUGUUCCAGAGUACCAGGAGGAUAGUGACAUUAGUUCCUUCUUUUGCUAAUCCCAGAAACCUCAGAAACCUCAGAAUUUUCACACAUGGCAUUUCCAUUUCUGAAGACGGGCAGGCCCUCUGGCACGGUGCCACAGAGCAGUGGCUGCGUCUUGAGGGCCGCAGUGUUGGGAGGAGCGACUCUUGGUCCAGGCAGCGUCCAUCUGACUUUGCAGUGGCGGAGGCAUCCCCUGCUUCACACACUGUCACCAGCUCUCCCUGUGUUGGAUUCGGGGUGGAGAAUGUGGGUGUCCCACGUGUGUUCAGAUGUCACAAACUGAAACGUUGGAGUGGGAAAGAGGCUGAUUGAACAGUGGUUCUUUGGGCAGUAACUUUUAUCAGGAUGCUGGACAGCUUGGGCCAACAGCCUUGCCAUCUUUGGACUCGUCUUUGCUAGCUGGACUUGCUACCGCGGUUUCUCUGAUCCGAAGUUCUUCUGGUUUAACACUCAGACUUCCCAAUGGCUCUGCUCCAUUGCUGGGGCAGACGGAGGAGCUCGGGGGUCUUCCUGAGUCCUGCCGAGGCGCCCCAGGCAACAGUGGCUCCUUGGAACCUUCCCCCACAGCGGUGAAGGCCUUGCCAGCUCAUCCUGAGAACCCACCAAAAGCUUUAACACCCAGCUGCUUUGGCCCCAGAGCUCAGCCUCCACUUCCUUAGAACGAAUCUGAUCACUUGCGCCAUUGGCUCCUGGGUGCCCCUGAAAUCCCCUAGCACUUAGUCCCUUGCUUUCUUUCCCCAAGAGGACUUAGGUGGGGCGUUCUGUUCGGGGAGACAGAUAAGGAGACUUCUCACCCUUCUCGAAGAGGGGCAAACCUUAAAUGUCUUCAUGCUUCCAAGAAAGCGUAUGUUGGGGUGAGGAGCCCCUCACACCGACUCCAUAGCAUGCCGUGGCCCCGUGGAGAUACCUGUGCAGCGGCUUCUGGAGGGGCGCAGUGAGCCCCAAACACCCAGUUGCUUAGGACUUGGAAAUCAUCCGGCCUGCUUCUCGGGCGUGGCUCCCACCCCUGGUGCCGAAGCCCCCGCUCUCUUCGAGGGUCCUCUGCUCCCACGAUUAGCUCCUACCAAGAGCUCCGUCCUGCGGUGGUGGAGUUUCGCCGAGAAACUGCCGCUUGCAUUAAAACCAGUGAGAGUGCUGCAGUCGGAUGGUGAAACGGGUAAACCAAGCAUACUGUAUUUUGAGAAAUGGCACAAAGCCAGGCAGGCAUCUUUAAGGGCUACGCCUAGGCAAACUACUAACCUGCAUUGUGAGAAUGCCGUGUAUACCUCACGUACUGUGUACUUUGUACAUACCUUUUCCCUUUUCUACAGACGUCUGAUUUGUUGUCGUGUUCGGCUCCUGGGCUUGUUCGUUCUGUGUUUGUCUGAAUCACCUGCGUGUGUAAAGCCACAUGAAAUGUGAAUGGCUGUUGGCAAUAUUACCUUGACAGAAUCAUGGGACUUGGAGCGGGGGACAGGCCUCUGUCACACUCUUGCUGUCGAGGUUGUUUGACUCUUGUAUCUGUGAUACGUUACCCGGCUGGAGACUCCGGGCUGGCAGUGCUUCUGCCGGACAGCUAGAAACACUAGAUCCCUGUGUGUGGGGGGGGGGCGUGAGCCCCCCGUCACUGUAGAGACAUUUAAUAAAUCUGCUUUCGUACA